UACCCGGAAGUAAUUCGUUGUGAGAGGGGGGAAAUACGUGUUUAACGUGGGUGAACCUAUCGUUGUACUUUGAUAAUUCUCAGCGUUCGGAGUUUGUUGGUUGAACGUUGACAAACAACAGACUCGCUCUCCGUGCACCUCCGGGAUAAAAGUAAAGACGAGAGUCGAGAAACAAAGCGGCACGCGCAGAGCCCCACUUUUGCUAACUAGCCUGGUAACGCUAACGCGGCCACAUUUAGCAAACGUCGCUUUUAAAAACAAGGCCCAGCAAGAGAUUGGUGAGUGUUGGUCAUCCAGAUGAACGAGUAAGUAAGUGAGCCACAUCAAAGCAGCGGAGGUUAAAUCUGGCCGCGGUGGAGAGGGCGCGAGAGAGUUCGGCUGGAUUCAAAAUGAUAAUUGAAAACCUUGAUGCCUUGAAAACAUGGCUAUCUGAAACCCUUGAGCCCAUCUGUGAUGCAGACCCUUCUGCCCUCGCAAAGUACGUUGUUGCUUUGGUGAAAAAGGAUAAAACCGAGAAGGAAUUAAAAGCACUGUGUAUCGACCAGUUGGAUGUGUUUCUCCAGAAAGAGACCCAGCUCUUUGUGGAUAAGCUGUUUGAAGCCAUUAACAACAAAUGUUACCUCCCUCAGUCAGAAGUACCAGCAUCUGUGAGCAAAGUUGAGAAGGAAGAGCAGAAAAAAGAGGAGACAAAUCGUGAAGAAGACAGAGAGAAGAAGUUUUCUCGGCGGGUGACUCACAGCCCUCCACAAUCAAGCUCUCGUCACAGUAGAGACAACAGGAGAGGGGACGACCGUAAGAGAGAUGAUCGCCCCAGGAAGCGGGAUUAUGACCGCAUCCCACCAAGGAGGGACUCGUACCGCGACCGCUACAAUCGCAGGAGAGGCCGCAGUCGCAGUUACAGUCGGAGCCGUAGCCGUAGUUGGAGCAAAGAUCGCAACCGUGAUCGUGACAGAGAAAGGGACAGGGACAGAGGGGAUCGUGAUCGCAGCAGAACUCGGUCUCACAGCAGAACUCGAUCUAGGAGCAGGAGUAGAGAAAGAGAUUCUGGAAAAUUGAAGUACGAUCAUGAAAGGGGGGAAAGGUCAGAGGUCGGUGAUGGCUACACGACAGCAGUGCAAAUCUCCACUGCAACCACUUCGCACUUCCCUGUGCCAACGCUGAGCAGCACCAUUACGGUCAUCGCCCCGAGUCACCAUCACAGCAACAGCGCCACCGAGAGUUGGUCAGACUUCUGCCCUGACCCGCACCCUUUGGACCAUGGCCCUUUUAGCAGGGGACCACCACCUCAACAGAGGAAGCGAUGCCGCGACUACGAUGAGAAGGGCUUCUGCAUGCGUGGAGACAUGUGUCCUUUCGACCAUGGAAGUGACCCAGUUGUAGUGGAGGAUGUCAGUUUGCCCAACAUGUUGCCCUUCCAACCUCCACCAAUCCCAGGUGUGGAACAACUGCCUCCUCCAGGGCUCCCUCCACCACCACCACUCAUGAACCCUCCACCCGUCAACCUGCGGCCCCCUGUGCCCCCACCAGGUGCCCUUCCACCCAGCCUUCCACCUGUUGCAGGUCCCCCUCCUCCACUGCCUCCACUGCAGCCGCCCAGCAUGGAUGUCCCUCUCAACUCCAUCACCAAUUCUGUUCCCACUAUUGUCACCUCCGGAAUGCGACCCUCACUUCCUCAGCCUUCAGCACCUCUCUUCCCCUCUGACAACUAUGAAGCAGAUGUGUACAAUCCUGAAGCUCCCAGCAUCACCAAUACCUCCAGGCCAAUCUACCGCCAUCGGGUCAAUGCCCAGAGACCCAACUUGAUUGGACUCACAAUGGGAGAGAUCGACAAGCCACAAAGAGACAAGAUUCCUAACAACUGUAUGCGCAUUGUUAUGGAGUCUGACCCGAGAAAGAGACCAGCCGUCUCCCACGAUGGAGGUCUCCCCGCCAAGAAACCUUGGUUUGACAAACCAAACUUUAACAAACCUAACCACCAGGGCUUCCACAAAAGAGUUCCAUUCUUUGCAAACACCAAAUUGCUGGUUCGACAAAUUCCUCCUGAGCUCAACAACAUCAGCAAACUCAAUGAACAUUUCAGCAAGUUUGGCACCAUCGUCAACCUACAGGUGGCGUACCAGAAUAACCCAGAAGCUGCACUGAUCCAGUUUGCCACUCCAGAUGAGGCCAGGCGGGCUAUUCAAAGCAUAGAAGCUGUUCUCAACAACCGUUUCAUCAGGGUGCACUGGUUUCGAGAGGAUGACAAUGAAGUUCAGGGCCAGUCUCGCCUACAGCAGCAGUCACAACCAGCAUUGCCCUCAGCUGCUUCUCUGAAGCAGUCUGUCAAAGACCGCCUUGGACCAAUGCUCCCCGCAGACUCCGAGUCCUCCCAAGACUCCAGUACAGCCGGUGCAGCUCAGAAUACCUCCAAAGUGCCAGUAAAGGACCGUUUGGGUUUUUCUCCCAAACCAGCAGCUCCUGUUGAAAAAGUCUAUUCAACGUCCCUGGGCCUCACAAAAACUGUGUACAAUCCCGUCGCCCUGAAGGCAGCACAGAAAACCUCUGAGGAGGCCCUGAAGAAAAAGCAGGAAGCACUAAAACUACAACAUGAUGUAAGGAAGAAGAAGCAGGAAAUACUGGAGAAGCACAUAGAGACACAGAAGCUUCUGAUAUCCAAACUUGAGAAGAACAAAAUACAAAAGGACAAAGCCACGAUCAUGGAGACUUUGGACACGUUAACCAAGAGUAUCACGAAGCUUCAAGAGGAGAUAAAGGGAAUCUCGAGCAACAGCAACAACCCACUGCGCGCUGCCAAGAGCAAGGCCCAGGCACAGAAGGAACUGCUGGAUGCCGAGCUGGACCUAUACAAGAAGACUCAGUCUGGAGAAGACACAGCAUUGUUGAAGAUCAAGUACACCCAGCUGCAGAUUGAGGCCGCAAAAAAGGGUCUCCUGUCCACAGGACGAGGCCGGGGGGUCCAUGCUCGGGGACGCGGUUCUCUCAGAGCUCGGGGAAGGGGCUCCAGAGGACGGGGAAGAGGUGUGCCACUGCAUUCUGUUGUGGACCAUCGACCACGGGCACUGGAAAUUUCUGGUUUCACCGAAGAAGACUGUGUUGACCUGCUGCCACACUUUGCUCAAUAUGGAGAGAUUGAAGAUUGCCAGAUUGACGAAAACAACCGGUCUGCAGUCAUUACCUACAGGACGAGAGCAGAGGCUGAACAGGCGGCUAUUCGUGGAGUGAGAUUCAACAACCAGGUUUUACAUCUGGCCUGGCACAAGCCCAUCUCCACUCAUAGUACUGCAGAUGCUGAUGAGGCAGAAACAGAAGAGAAUGAGUAUCCAGACGAGUCACUGAGUGACGAUGCACUGCUGCAGGACGACGACGAGGAAGACGACGACAACGAGCCACGCUCCUGGCGCAGAUGAAGAGCAGUCACAGGCUCCUCCCCACCGGUUGCUCUGGUGUGGAAAACAAGCAACAAAUCCAGCAUCUUCAUAAGAUUUCAGUGCCUGUUUAAAAAAUCAAAACGGUUCAUUUUACUUUUGCAAGUGUUUCUCCCCCCACACACACACUCAGUGUUAACAGCAAACGACAAAUGUGUGAGUUUGGUUAAUUUUAAUGUGUACCAGAAUCAAUUUUGAAUUUUUUUAAUGCUCUUAACGAAGAAAAAAAAUGAUUUCUUUUUUUGUUGUUAUUUUGAUUCAGAAAACACAAAUAGUGACGGCUGUUUAGUUUAAGACACAUGUUAGUCUCGGUUUAAGAGAAAAGAAAAAGCUGUGUUGUAAUGAACCUGAAUGACAAAUAUUAGCUUUUGCCGAGUAGCAUUAGCUCGACUGGUUUAAAUGCUCAUGUGUAAAUAUUUUAUGUCCAGGUUUCACUGAUUUGUAUGAACGCUUGGCUUCUCAGUUUUUGGCUUUACUUUCUUUGGAUUGUACAAAAAAAAAUAAAGAAUUGAAAUGGUCUGAAAAACAACCUGCCAAACGAAAACAAAAAAAAGAGAAAAAGAAAAAAAAAGAAAAGAAAAAGAAAAUGGCAGUGGAAAAAAAGACUCCAAAAAGAGUUUUUAAAAAAGACCAUUUCAAAAAACAACAAAAAAACUUCCUCUUCACCUAAAGAGCUAACAUUCCUCAAAAGUCCUCCUCUCCACUUCAUUCGUGAAUGUUGGAUCGGUAAGGUAACUUUUAAGUGUUGCACUAGUUUUCACGCCAAGGUAAGAAGUGAAGGAACAUUUUUACAGCUUUUUUUAAUUAUUACUUCCGCACAAAUGUAUAUAAUCUAAAUACUAACACAAACAACUAACAACAUUUGUGUUUGUUUGUGUUGCAGGAGCCGUUGCCAGUGUCCAGCCUCAAGACUUUUUAAAAGUAUUAACUUGUAUUGACUGUCAAUAGUUUCUGUCAAUUUUGUGACAAAUCCUACUGCAUUAAAUGCAUUUUUAUUUUAAAAUUA